AAAAACCGGGCGCGGAGUCCCUGCUCUUGCCUUGCCUGUUGAACAAGAAAAGAUUAUAGCUUUAAUAAAACCCAGCAAUCCAAUUCUUAAGCUUGAAAUCCAGUAGCCAGUAAUCUUUCUCGAUCUCUGCACAGAUUCUUCUCUCUCUUCCUAAGAUAAUGAAGUUUGAUACUAGCGGUCUCGAGUCCACUGCUUCGGUCUUUGGAACGGCCGGCAGUGAGCUUGAUGAUGGGUUUUCUGCUGCUCCAGCUUUUGAGCUACCCACUACUACAGAUUUUGAUGGCUUCCAGAAGGAAGCUGUACAGAUGGUGAAGCCGGCCAAGGGGACAACUACGCUUGCCUUUAUCUUUAAGGAUGGUGUCAUUGUUGCGGCUGAUUCUCGUGCUAGCAUGGGAGGCUAUAUUUCAUCACAGUCAGUUAAAAAAAUCAUUGAAAUCAAUCCCUACAUGCUUGGUACAAUGGCUGGAGGAGCUGCUGAUUGUCAGUUUUGGCACAGAAAUCUGGGCAUUAAGUGCCGACUGCAUGAAUUGGCAAACAAGCGUAGAAUAUCAGUCACAGGGGCAUCAAAGCUUCUGGCAAACAUUCUGUACUCUUACCGUGGAAUGGGCUUGUCUGUUGGGACCAUGAUUGCUGGUUGGGAUGAAACGGGUCCAGGACUAUAUUACGUGGACAGUGAAGGUGGAAGGCUGAAGGGAACAAGAUUCUCUGUUGGAUCUGGUUCUCCAUAUGCAUAUGGUGUACUAGAUAGUGGGUAUCGAUUUGAUAUGUCAAUCGAGGAAGCUGCAGAGUUGGGCAGAAGAGCUAUUUAUCAUGCAACUUUCCGUGAUGGAGCCAGUGGUGGAGUAGCAAGCGUUUAUUAUGUGGGACCUGAUGGAUGGAAGAAAUUAUCUGGUGAUGAUGUCUCAGAGCUCCACUACAAUUAUUAUCCAGUUGUGUCAACUGAAGCUUCAGAACCGGACCGAAUGGUUGAAGCAUAAAAGAGGGCCUUGGUGCUCAUCUUUCCAAAAUGUAGCUCUGUUUCUUCAGCAUUGUUUUUCGCUGAUGACAUUUCAAAUUACUAAUUAAGCUCUCCUUAUGGAAGCAUUAGAAUUUCAAAAUUCUCUUGUGCUUAAAACCUUGAAGAUGAAAUAUAUUGGAUUUGGUACUUGA